GAUUCGGGAUAGUCGAGAGUAUACAACGGCCCUGAAUCCUUACCAACUACAAGAGCCAUAAAAAAGCACGAAAUAUUAUAAAUGGCAGUUAAAGAGAAAGCAAAAUGGGCAACGACUAUCAUUAUUAGCUCUAGUCUGUUGAAUCAUGAAGUUGCAACAGCUUUGUCAAGACAGAACCAUAGAGUACGAUAUUCUGAUUCUGUGCAUGAAGGAUCGAUUAUUUUCUCACUCUCUGGUGUUGCCUUCAUGCUAGCAGAUACGCAAAAAGAGUCGGUAAAUGGAGAAGAUACAACAUUUUUAGACAGACUUGAAAAAUUUAUGAAUAUUCACCGAAAUAGUUUCCUACUGUUGGUAGCUGCCUUUCAUGGACAAACAGAAAGGGAGAUUUUAUUCAGAAUUCAGCAGAGGUUCUUUGGCAGAAAUCUACGUAUUAUUCCUGUUCAUAAUACAUCGGACACAAUAAGAAGCAUAUUAACAAUAGCAAAGGCAACCUGUAAACCAUAUGUAGACAGCAUACGCCAUCGGAUGGUAAUGGCAAGGGCACAGAUAUUAGAAAGAAGUCCUGUUUGGGAAAUGCUUCAAGAACUUAAAUUCAAUGUAGAAGCUGCUGCUGUGACAACUUGUUCCUGAAAUGUAGAACUAAGAAAAGUUUAUAUAUAAGUGCUGUGGAAAUUGUUGGCAAGGAAACAGAUGCAAGAAGCAUAUGUACUGAGGGUCCAUCAAAACAAGAAGAGUUUUAUUGGAUAACCUGAACACAGGUUGCUGCAGAGAAUGUACAAAAACUAAAAACAGCUGGAUCUGACUCAUCCCACAAAUUUACCAAAGGCAGCAUCAGGCAAGAAGAAUAGAAGAAUGCUGACAUUAUUGCAUGUAUCUGUGCAUGUGUAGGGGAUUGUCUCAUACACAAAUAUCUCUUCAACAGUUUACAGUUUGUAACACAGUCUCUGUUUCCCAGUAGGAGUUGAUUUUUUUAAUGUAUCAAAUACACCUAUUAGUAUGAUAUACAUGCAAUUCAUGUUUGGUUUUGUGUCA